CGCAUUCAGUGUGUUCGGUCAAAAUCACAGACUUUGGACAUCAAGAUUUGUCAAAAGACAAUGAAAAAGAGAGAAGACAAAGGACUUGGGACUCCCGUCUAUGCGGCGCCAGAAACAUUCAGAGAUGAAUACACGUACUCUGGAGAUGUCUAUUCAUAUGGAAUUACUGCGUGGGAAAUUUAUUAUCAAGAAGAGUCCUACAAAGAACUCAAAUCAAUAUUUGAAAUUAAAGACCAUGUAGAAAAAGGGAAAAGAUUAAUUCUUGACAAAAACAUACCAACUGACUAUGCAGGACUCAUCCAGUCAUGUUGGAAACAGGAAGGAAGUGAAAGACCAACUUUCGAUCAAGUCACAAAAUUGGUUGUGAAAAUAGACGAUGAAGUUGCUUUACACAGUGGAAUAGACGAUGGUGUGUGCCAAGAAAAAAUUGAUGAAUUUGCAACAAAAAGAACCGAAAAAAUGCAAAAACAAAUCAACGAAUUAUACAGAGAUUAG